GCUUCUCCAUCCACCGUGGCAUCUCCAUCCUCCCAAUCCCUCCUACAAUGCGAUGUUCAGUCGUUCCCGAGCCCGGAACGUACUGACAGUCUGUCCCGACCUGAGAUUCCCCUUCCUUUCCGUCGAGAACUCCAACCCGAACUCCGCCGGCGCCGCAGCUCUCCGCAAGUAGCUGGCAUACCAGCCGAGAAAGAGAAGGUGACCCUCUGAUUGUGGCUAGCACUCGGUGUUAUUGAAGUCGUUAUUUCAAGUUACGUGGUUGUUUACGGAGACGGCCAAUCUUAUACUCUUGUUGCAUAAAAGGAGCACUGGCUGUGGACUUCAGUUCCGUGCGGGGAAGAGUUCCUGGGCCUAGCUAGGCACACGGUAAGGGAACCAACAGGUCGAGACGAACCCGUCCACUAUCUCUAUCUAUCCCUCUAGCAGCAGCAGAAGAAAAACAUAUGCCGAAAGUGAAACGGGGAUACAUAACUCGAUUACAAUGGCGUGGUACUCUCUCCUCCCCGCAGAUCUGAUCUACAUCGAGAGCUGGGUUGUUCGGAUCUUUAUUCUCCUCGGUAUCCUGACGAUCCUUCCCUGGGCGGUGCUGAUUGUCUUCGAUUUCGGUUUAUAUAUUUGGCGGAUACUGACGUACGAGAUCCCUGUUGUUGGGGGGCGAGCGCGAGGGAUGCAACGCCCUCGUGCACCGAGUUUGAAUGAGCUUCCUGAUCGAUUACGGCUGGGACUUUCUUAUCCUUCUUCCGGAGUCUGAAUCGCUUUCCGGACCCGGACGCGGAUCCCAGAAAACAAACGACAAAGAAGAAGGGAAAGAAGAAGAAAAGUACAUCCUCCAAGCAUACACAACCUACUCCCCCGGCCCCCGCUGGCUUUGAUCCGCGCAUCAAACUCGGCCGCCGACUUGCAGACAUCCACUCCCCUGUCCCCGGGUACAAGGAGAAGCUGCAGCGCAGCAUGGACCGCUUCUUUGCUCGGCUUGAGGCGGGCAAGUUCGUGCAGCGCGUGAACUGGAGUGUCAUGACUGGGGAGACGGGGCUUUUUGCGUUUCAUACGUAUAUACGUACCCAAUUCAAACUAUCAAGGAUGAAGGACUAGGUGAGGAGGAUCUGGCUCUCGCGAUUGAUGGCUUGAAAGAGGGCAGUGUGCCCUGUUAUUCACUCGUAUAAGAGAGGCCCGUACUGGGGAGAAGCUGUCAAAGGGUAUCUGCGUUCAU